GGAAAAAUGCCUUACAAGCCAGAGACCAGCUACGAUGCUGAUAAUAAAAUCUGGAAUGGUCCUGGUGAGAUGGAUUGCUUCAAUCCAGAGCUAUCCAUUGGACAAAUCAUUCACCAUGAGAUGCGACGACAUCCCAAUCAAUUAGCCCAGAUAUCCGACACGGAGAACACGAACUUGACACGCAAGGAAUUGUUUCUCAACUCCAUACGAGUGUCCACCUAUAUGCGUAAUCAGGGCCUGAAUCAAUCGGAUAUUGUUGGCAUUAUAGCUAGGAAUACUACACAUAUUUCUGCUGUAGCUUAUGCCUGUUUUUUCAACGGCAUUCCUUUUCAUUCCCUUAAUAUUGCCUACGAACAGGACACCAUUGAGAAGCUUUACAAAGUAACCGAACCGCGUUUGAUCUUCUGUGAUGGGGAUGAAUACGAGAAGAUUCAAGCUGCUACCAAGGAAUUGGAUGUAAAAAUUAUUACAAUGCGCAAUCAUACCAGUGAUUCGAUCAGCAUUGAUGAUGUUUUGGCUACACCUAUUGAAGAGGAUUUUGAACCAUCUCGCCUAGAGAAGGGCAACGAUCAAACACUAGCCAUACUCUGCUCGUCCGGCACAACGGGAACACCAAAAGCUGUAACUGUCAUAAAUAGCCGAAAGCUUCUCUUCGGAAGUUACAACCUGUCGACAGAUGAUAUCCAAUACACACACAGCAGCUUGGAUUGGAUAACUGGUCUACUGACUACAGUUACAUCAGGAAUUUAUAGCACCACCCGGAUUAUAGCCGACAAUCCAUUUGAUCCAGUUCGCUUUCUUCGACUUUUAGAGAAGUACAAGAUCACAUGGCUACUGCAAGCGCCUUCGCAUAUGGCUAUGAUAGUGAACUCCGAUGAAUUCGAGAAGACGAACUUUUCAAGCUUGAAAUACUAUCUGUAUGGCGGAGGACGUUGCUCCGCGGAGGUUCAAAAUCAGAUACGCAGCCGUCUGAAGAGCAAUUGCCUUUUUUUCGUAUACGGAUUCACUGAACUGGGUUCCAUGGCCACUAUGAACUUUAAUUACGAUGAGAAACCCAAUUCUGUGGGUCGAUUGGUAGCUGGAUGCAAACUGAAAAUAAUCAACGACGAUGGAGAAACUCUACCACCCAACGAAAUGGGCGAAGUUUGCAUCUACAAUGGACAGUAUUGGGCUGGUUAUUUUGGCAAUUCAAAAGAGUCGCAUAACAUACGCGAUUCGAAGUUGUGGUUCCACACCGGCGAUUUGGGCUAUGUAGAUAACGAUGGCUUCCUGUAUAUUGUGGAACGGAAAAAAGAUAUGCUUAAAUAUCAGAACAUUAUGUACUAUCCCAACGAAAUUGAAGACGUCAUCUCUAGAAUGCCCGAAGUGGCCGAGGUCUGUGUCUUUGGAGUGUGGGAUCAAAUAAAUGGCGAUGAGGCAGCUGCUGCUGUUGUCAAGCGAGUUGGCACUGAACUCCAUGCUGAGGAUGUGGUUGACUAUGUGAAUGAACAUGUCGGUGCCAAAUAUAAGCAACUACAUGGUGGAGCAUUGAUUGUGGAUGAUCUGAUGAGAAGUUCGAAUGGCAAGACAAAUAGAAUAGCCACCAAAAAAUAUUUUCUGCAAGUUAAAGACAGAAGCUAAUUAAAUGAAGGUUAAAUAGAAAAUUGUAUAAAUGUUCUUAGUCUACUGCUUUCAGUAUUAAAAAAAAUUCUUUCGUUUAAUCAAAAAAUGCA